ACAAGCGUCGUCUAGUGACAAUGAAGUCACCUCUGUCCUUUCUGGAGAGAUGCUGACCUCCGUUUCCUGGACCCAUUCUGACUCAAGAGCCUUCACGUAAAUGGGUCCAGUCAUGCCCGCCAGUAAGAAGCCCGAGAGCUCAGGAAUCAGCGUGUCCAGUGGACUGAGUCACUGUUACCGGGGCAGCGGCUUCUCCAAGGCCCUCCAGGAAGAUGAUGACCUCGACUUCCCUCUGCCUGACAUCAGAUUAGAAGAGGGGACCAUGGAAGAUGAAGAGCUGACCAACCUGAACUGGCUGCACGAAAGCAAGAACUUGCUGAAGAGCUUUGGGGAGUCGGUCCUCAGGAGUGUCAGUCCCGUCCAGGACCUGGACGAUGACACUCCGCCAUCCCCUGCCCACUCAGACCUGCCCUGUGAUGCCAGGCAGAACUCCAAUUGCAAGCCCCCGUACUCCUUUAGCUGCCUCAUAUUUAUGGCCAUCGAGGACUCUCCGACCAAGCGCCUGCCAGUGAAGGACAUCUACAACUGGAUCCUGGAAUAUUUCCCCUAUUUUGCGAAUGCACCUACUGGGUGGAAAAAUUCAGUGAGGCAUAAUUUGUCCUUGAACAAGUGUUUCAAGAAAGUGGACAAAGAGAGGAGUCAGAGUAUUGGGAAAGGGUCAUUGUGGUGCAUAGACCCAGAGUAUAGACAAAAUCUAAUUCAGGCUUUGAAAAAGACACCUUACCACUCACCUCCCACCCCUCAGGCUUAUCAAAGGUGGUGA